AUGAAUGGAGGGUUUUACCUCAAGUCCAACGCCCUGAGACUAUACAUUAAGAGAAAGGAGGGAGGCAGAGGACUAGUGAGCGUCCAAGCCACUACACAAGAUGAAACAAAUGAGAUCCUGGAGUACAUGAGGAGGAAAGCCCCCAAUGAUGAAUUGAUGAGCAAAUGUCUCAGGCAGCAGCAGAACCCCAGUGCGGAAGAGACGGAGCAAGAGGAGCCAUCGUGGAAAGAUAAGCACCUACACGGCAUGUACCACCAGCAGACUGAGGAAGUAGCUCACAUCAACAAGUCCUACCAGUGGUCUGGAUCUGGAAGCCCCACAGGCAUCUUUGUACAGCCUCCAUCUUGGGUCUUGGCUGCCCAACCCUCUCUAGCCAACAAAAUGGUAAUGGCUAACCAACCGGACAUUGUGGUGGUCAACAAGCAAGAGAAGACGGCAGUGGUGAUAAAUGUAGCAAUCCCAAGUUACUGUAACAUCAAGAAGAAGGAGCACAAGAAGCUGGAAAUAUACUGUAUCAAGGGCCGAAAGAGGAAAAACAGAAGAUCAAGCACUCAAUCCCAAUCUGCACAGCAGCACCCAGAUAACAGCCAGGAGAGCUCCCCAACAGAAACUUUACCUUCCCUGACAUCAUCUGCAGACUCGGAUCCUCACACACCAGAGGUCUCCCCAGAACCUCAGAUUCGUGAUCUACCUUCAAACAGUCCAUGUGCAGAAGGGUGCAGCCCAAACAGUGGGUCAGCACCACACUCUGACCUUCAAGGAAGCUCCACAGGAGGCGAGGAGGAGGUGAAGGAGGCCAAGAACAGCAAAAAGCAUUUUCACUGUCCAACAUGCAAAGUGACAGUCAACUCUAGCGCCCAGCUGGACACUCACUGUAGCGGGUCGAAGCACAAACAAAUGCUGGAUGGCCAGAACAGUAUUCGGCCACAUCGCAGGGUCAGGAUGAGAUCAUCUCCUCGGCCCAAAGGUCGAAUGAAACAACGAAUCAGGCGCAAGAGCAGAGUGAUUGUUGGUGCAACAAAUCAGGCCUUUCAAUGUGAUCUGUGCCAAGUGUCUGUUAACUCAGAAACACAGAUGAAACAGCACACAAACAGCAGGAGACACAAAGAGCGCUUAGCUGGGAAGCCUGUAAAGGCCAAGUUCACCCCCUUUAAUAAGCUACACCCCAGUGCUAUUUUAGCAACUAAGCUGGCCCUGCAGAAGCAGCUCUCUAAAGCCCUGCCGGCAGGGCUCCUGACCAGCCCGCUGAAUCCAUCUGCAUUCUUCGCCAUGGCAUCUGGACCCUUAGCUCUACGACUGCCUCCACGUCCUACAGCCAUUUUCCAGGGUCCUUUCAUCAACCCCGCGCUCUUCAGGCCUGCACCUGGACCUCUGAGGGCCACGCAUGCUCCUAUUAUCUUCUCUCCUUAUUAACAACUAGCACAAAACGUUAGGUCUUACAGAUCUAACCCAGUCAGAGCUGGACCAGCAGAAAUUACUGACUCUGCAAGACAUGGACAGUCCAGUUCUGUUCUGAGGGACACCAAGACACAGCAGGCAGAGUGAG